GUGAAGCGGUGGUUGGGCAGAGCUGGCGAUGAAGGGGUUACAGCUGGCACAAUCUGUUUCCAGCUGACACUUGUGGAAUCCGCCAGCAGAGGGCGCUGCGGCCCGGCGCUCCCCGCGGCUCCCACCUCCCCGUUAUACCCGCGGCGCCGGCUGCUCUGCCUCAGUUGUGCUGCCGCUGCCCUGGAUGUGAACUGUCUGCUGCUCUGUCCUCACUUAUUCCUCCCGAGAAGAUGCGGCUCCCGGCUGGGCUCUUGUUCCUGGGUCACUUUGCGGCUCUUUGCUUUUGGGAUGCAUCCGCUGUGAUAGUGGAUUCCGAGAACUAUAACGUGCGACAGCUUGAAUUUGAAGCGGCAAUCCUCACCUGCAACUACAAGUUAGAAAAAGAUCAAGUCAUCCGGUUGGAAUGGAAGAAGGUGGCUCUUAAUGGCGACGUCUCCUUUGUCUUUUUUAAUAACUCGCUGGCAGCUGAUUUACAGAAGCGAGCAGAGAUGAUAGGCCCCAGUGUCUGGUUCAAGAACCUCAGCAGAGGAGAUUCAGGACAAUAUCGCUGUGAAGUCAGCGCACCUCAAGACAGGAAGAACUUCCAAGAAAUCAUCAUUAAUUUAGAUGUAUUAGUGGCCCCUAGCAUCCCAGUAUGCGACAUUCCUAGCUCAGCCAUAAGUGGAAGAGUGGUGGAGCUCAAGUGUCGAGAAAAGGAAGGAAACCCAGCAUCGGAGUACCAGUGGUUCAGGAAUGGCCAUGCCCUAGAUGUCAGUGCCAAAGCAACCAAUGCAACAUAUAAAGUGGAUAAAGCCACCGGCACUCUGCACUUCAAUACAGUCACCAAGGAGGAUACCGGAGAAUAUUCCUGCGAGGCCAGUAACGGGAUCGGAAAACCGCAGAGGUGUCCGGCAAAGAGAAUGCAAGUGGAUGACCUGAAUUUGGCUGGAAUCAUAUCGGCGGUAGUAAUCGUCUGUCUCGUUAUCAUCUUAUGCGGCAGUGGGAUCUGCUAUGCACAGAGAAGGGGAUAUUUCUCAGGUGGAAAAUCUAAGAAAGAACACAAUUCAGCAUCACAGGCAGAAAGUGAUUUCAAGCACACAAAGUCCUUUGUGAUAUGAGAAGAUAUUCUGUGUCGGUGGCCAUUGCAGCACUCGCCAUCGCCACAACGAUUGACUUGAAAAAGAUCUAUUUUUGCAUUAAAUAUUCUGUGGGGAAAAAACAAGAUUUUUGUGCUUUCAUCUGGAUUGGGGAAGUAGUUCAGCUGUAACCUAUUGAGCAUCUUCCUACCAAGGCUGUGGCCAUUGUGACCGGGAACGAUCUGACGCCGUCUCUUGGAAACAUUUCUUCCGGGAAAGACUUUUUCAGCUCGUAUUGUUGUAGUCGCUAUUUUUACACUGAACAACGCAUGAACGUUAAAGGAACUGUCGUAUGUGUAUAUAAAGCGAUUUAUUGCUAUACCAUAUUGUGUGGCCUAACAUAGAGCAGACACUCUGUCAAAUGAGUAGCAGUGUUAACCCUUUCAGACGAAAAGCUAGAUUAAUAGGCAAUGUGCUAGUAAGAGAAGACAUUAUAUACAUUAGUUUUAUAUAUUCUUUUAGAUGCCUUAAAAUAGCUGUAAAGUAUCGGAAAGUGGGACAAUGGGCCUGAGUAUAAAAACUAGAGCAGGUAAA